AUGCCACCUCUUCACACUGGCGGCUUCAGGGGGAAGGGGACGUGGAAGUGGACGAUACAAAACUUCCAGACUACCCUUAAACCAAAUGUCGAUGAUGAUGAUGAUGGUGAUGAUGAUGAUGAUGAUGAUGAUGAUGAUGACGAUGAUGAUGAUGAUGAUGAUGAUGAUGAUGACGAUGAUGAUGAUGGUGAUGAUGAUGAUGAUGAUGAUGAUGAUGAUGAUGAUGAUGAUGAUGAUGAUGAUGAUGAUGAUGAUGAUGAAAGAGGGGUCAUCAAUAAUUCGGAAAUGAUGGUUGCCAAGUUGUAA